UUGCAUAGAGCAUUUUUUCCUGAAUACAAUAAUAAAUUGAGUUUUUUAAAUAACCUUUUCAUUGUCUUAUAAAAAGAAAUGCGAUUGGAAAUUUUGAUUAUGCCAAAACUCUGAGAAAGUAUUACGAUAGAAGCGUCGCGUUAGAAAAGGGAACAGCAAAAUUGAAGGUCUUUAUAGUGCCGCGAGGUGGAAUUUUAUGCAACAUAAUUAUCCAGCCCUUCGUCGGUAGCAGAUCGUCAAUCCGAUGACACAUUUCCGACUCGUUGUUUCAUAAAUUAGCCAGAAUAUUCUUUAAUCUUUGUAUACCGUAAAUUAGCCAUGAAUCACCUCAGCACACAGCCAUACUACACAACUGCUAUUUUACUACUCGACCAUCACGAGAAUCAAAGGUCAUUUCGAAAAUUUCGUUCAGAUAAAAUAAUUUUUCUUUCAUUGAGAAUCCUUCACCACAUCUUAUUGAAAAUUGUUUAUAGGAAAAAUAAUUGUAAGGAAUUAAUAAGUUCAAGAGAAAUGUUUAAUUUUUAACAUCUUCAAUUACUAAUUCCAUCAUUAAUAGUUUAUUCAUUUUUGUAAUAAUCUUAUUUCUUAGUGACUAUCUGCUCAAUGAAACUGCUUGAAGGACAUAAAGAAGUGGCAAGUCAGUGAUAAACAGAUUGAAAAUAUUUGUGCGUUUCAGAGAAAAUUAAAUAUGAAAAAAUAAGUAUAUGGAAAGUAUGUAAUAUUCUAAAAAUAUACAAAAUAUUCAAAGUAAAAUAUUCAUUGCUAUAUUUCGAUAUUUGAGAUUUUGAAUUUCUAUAUGUAUGUUUAUGUAUAUUUCGCUUCUUUAAUUGUACUUAAGUAUUAAUUUACAUUUUGCAUAAUCAUCCUCAGUCUAGCGAUAAAUAAAAGUAUCGCGUUACGAUUUAAUUAAAGAUGGAGUUUUCAUAUAUCAACGAUGUAGCGUUUCCAAACAAGUACAAUAAUAGAAAAAAAGAUUUAGAAAUCGAUCAAGAUCACAAAUGGUAUUUACUAGCGAUAACAGGACGAUGCGAGCGAGAACACGAAACUGGAUGUCACUUAUCCUGCAUACGUGACGCUUCCAUCUACGAAGACGACUAUUAUCUACUUACUGAUCGUCACUUGGCAAACAGCGGCUGUAUCGUGCUUCGUUUACGAGCCUCUCUUCUCUUACUAUAUGUACGUACCCAGAUAAUAUUAGUGAGUGAUAAAUUCAAAGUCGAGUUACUACCUGAACAUGGUGAAGAAGCUUUGGAAGUAUUUAAAAUGCUACAGGACUAUUAUAGAAGGAUUAUAUUUUAUAGUACUACUCUAAAGUUAAUAUUUAAUUAAAACAUAAUAUAACGUUUAUAUAUUGUAUAUUUAAUUUUAUGAAUAUAGAUCAGAUUUAUUUCUCUCGCCUGAUAGUAAUUAUAAUAUUUAUAUAUACAGUCUUUUAAUUACAAAUUUCAUAACUUUCUUCCAUCGUUCUAUGUAUUUGUUCAAAUGAUAUGUAAUCCAAAUGUACGAAGAAUAUGACAUUAGGCUUAGGUAUUUAUAGUUAGUUAAAAAAGUUUUAUAAUUUACUUCUGUAUUAAUGUAUUAUUACUUCUGUAUUAAUUAUUUCUUGAUAAUUCACAUAUUUGAAUUAACGUGUUAAUAAUCUAUUUCUGACUAGUAUAAGUACGGUUUAUGCCAACAAGUCUUUUAUCGAAGACAUUCUAUGUAAAAAAUAAUCUUGACGGAAUCUGAUAAGACGCAGAUAUCUCAAGGAUGCUUUAAUCAAGAAUUUUAUAUCUACCUCGUCAACAAUUUUAUAUUAUCCCUAGUAAUCGUUUGAAAUUUUCGAGCAGUGAAAAUUUUUGUAAAAUAACGGAAACCUACAGAAAUAUAUGUUAAACAUUUACAAAUAGGUAACCAUAUUUAUAGAUACAGGAACUAAAAAAAUAAAUUUUAAAUAGACAAAACAAAUUUUAAAUA